AUGAAUUCUUGUGCGUGGUGUGUUGUGUGUAUCGUUGGAGCUUUAUUGCUUUGUGACGUGACUCUAACUGAUCCAGUGAUCGGUAGUGGAAGUGUUUUCUCUGCUACAAUAACACGUGCCCUACUACCUCCUAGAAGGGAUUCACUCCUGCUCGGCAAUCGGUAUGGUGCAAUUCAACCCGAAAUUAUUGUGAAUCGUGCUCCGGCUAGUUCCACUGUUCCACCGCAAAGAGAUCAAGGCGUUGGAGCAGCAGCCGGGUACAACUAUGAUGUGCCCGCAUCGGGGUAUCUUCCACCCGAGUCCGUUCCGUUUGCCGAUGAACCUCCUGCUCCUGUGCCACCUUCCGUUGUUACCAAUUAUCUACCACCUGUGUCUCAAGAUGAACCUAUUGCACAAGACGAACCAGUGUUUCCUGUGUCACCUUCGCAAGACUAUCUUCCACCAAAUGAUCCACCCCAAAGGGAUGAAGUGUUCGUGGUGACAACGGUAGCUCCAGGCUAUAACUACAACCCACCGACAACUUCAACCUCAACCUUCGCUCCACUAGGAGAUGAAGGGUUUGAGGAUGGAAAUGAUAACGAUGCUGGCUACCGAUAUGAUCCUCCAGCCAACAUCUACAUCCCACCAACAUCCAACGGUAUAGGCCGUUCGCUACGGGAUGAUCCAACCGGGCAAAGAACACCUAUAAGAUUGCAGCUAAAUGAACUCGCCUGUCUACGAAACAGUGGCGGCUACUUCCGAGCAUCACUUACUGUGCAAAGUUCCAUCGAAAGUACUCCACUCGUAGAUGUAGAGAACGACGGAGGAGAUCUUAGUGGCUGUGAGGUGCGAUUCGAUCAAUCACGCCUUCUCAUCGACAUUGGGUGGCCCGAUUUUGGACGCUGUGGAGUGAUACCUUGUGGACAAACGCCUACCCGUGAGCUGUGCUUGCGGGUUCGAUUCCCUGCCAUUGCCGGUAUGCGAACGGCGGCAGAUCCAGUACUAACGUUACAGUGUCGCAUACAGCAAAGGAUUGUCGCCAGGACACACUCGGUACGGCUCGGUGUCGCUGACGAUGUGCAGGCUCGUGCUGGCUCGACUGGGACCGCUUUCGCAAUUGGUGGUUCACAAAGACCGUUUCGAUCGCAACUUGGAAUCUUUCGACGACAGAAUGGUGGUGGAUCGUUUACUAGGGCACUGCCGGCGGGUGGAGCAGUUAUGCUGGGGGAAGAGUUGAUGCUGAGGACACAGGUUUCUGCGGGUGAUGGUUGGAACUUUACACGACUCUCCGAGGUGGUAAUGCAACGGCUCUCACCAACCGGAACCGUACUAAAUUCGGCCUCACUCGUAAACACGAACGGAUGCCUAAAUCCGCUGAUGCGCGCCAUCAGCCCAGUAGCGCCCGUCUUUGAGGCACCGCUUGGCUAUCGGCUAGGCUUCCGGGCGGCCAUGUUCCAGGGAAUGCGCAGUGGGGACGAGAUGAUACUGCGCGUCCGCAUCGUCGGAUGUGUCGAUCGACGCGAGUGUCUUGUGGAAAAUUGCCAAACAACAGCAAGAUCGAAGCGCGAAACCGAAAGUCCCGCUCCCGAAGGACACGAACCGAAUGGGACGACUCCAGCAACCGUCUCCACUACCACCGCAAGUCCAUCACCUCCGCUGACCGAAACGGCAUCGAUCGCUUUCCGUAUAAUGCUACCGCCCGAGGUCUUGGCUUCUUCCUCGGCCGCAGAUACACAGGAUUAUGGCCGCGGUGCUUCCCAUUCGCUUCUCUGGAUCACCCUUGGCACGACGACGACGAUCGUGCUCGUCGCCGUCGGUGUGCUGGCGCUGGUGCUGCUCAAACUGCGCCACAAACGACGUCCCAAUUACGAUCAGUAUCAGGCGGAUUAG